GCUGCGAGCGCUGAGCGGCGCGAGGAGAUGCUACAGGGGCUGAGCCACCAGCAUCAUGCGCCCCCCGCCCGCGUUGGCCCUGGCCGCGCUCUGCCUGCUGGCGCUGCCCGCCGCCGUCGCCGCCGCCUACUUCGGCCUGACUGGGCGGGAAGUCCUGACACCCUUUCCAGGGCUGGACACGGCGGCAGCCCCAGCGCAGGGCGGGGCCCACCUGAAGCAGUGUGACCUGCUGAAGCUGUCCCGUCGGCAGAAGCAGCUCUGUCGGCGGGAGCCCGGUCUGGCUGAGACCCUUCAGGACGCUGCCCACCUAAGCCUGCUAGAGUGCCAGUUCCAGUUCCGGCACGAGCGCUGGAAUUGCAGCCUGGAGGGGAGGACGGGCCUGCUCAAAAGAGGUUUCAAGGAGACAGCCUUCCUGUAUGCAGUGUCCUCGGCCGCCCUCACCCACACUCUGGCCCGGGCCUGCAGUGCUGGGCGCAUGGAGCGCUGUACCUGCGAUGACUCUCCGGGCCUGGAGAGCCGGCAGGCCUGGCAGUGGGGCGUGUGCGGUGACAACCUCAAGUAUAGCACCAAGUUCCUGAGCAACUUCCUGGGGCCCAAGAGAGGAAGCAAAGACUUGCGGGCACGGGCAGACGCCCACAACACCCACGUGGGCAUCAAGGCUGUGAAGAGUGGCCUCAGGACUACCUGUAAGUGCCACGGUGUGUCAGGCUCCUGUGCUGUGCGCACUUGCUGGAAACAGCUCUCCCCAUUCCGAGAGACGGGCCAGGCGUUGAAGCUGCGCUAUGACUCAGCCGUCAAGGUGUCCAGUGCCACGAAUGAGGCCUUGGGCCGGCUGGAGCUGUGGGCACCCGCCAGGCCAGGCAGUCCCACCAAGGGCCUGGCCCCCCGGCCCGGGGACCUGGUCUACAUGGAGGACUCACCCAGCUUCUGCCGGCCCAGCAAGUACUCCCCUGGCACAGCAGGCAGAGUGUGCUCCCGGGAGGCCAGCUGCAGCAGCCUGUGCUGCGGGCGGGGCUAUGAUACCCAGAGCCGCCUGGUGGCCUUCUCCUGCCACUGCCAGGUGCAGUGGUGCUGCUACGUGGAGUGCCAGCAGUGUGUGCAGGAGGAGCUCGUGUACACCUGUAAGCACUAGGGCUGCUUCCCAGUGUGUUGGCAGGGCACUGCCAGGACCUCACUCGGCGCCCAGCCCCCUUGAGGCCAUCCAGCUGUCCAGCCGGCCCCUCCGGGCAGGUACACCAGCGCGCAGGCACUCACUGAUGCACGUGCCCGUGCACACCGACUCCUCUCUCCACUGGGCCUUGGCAGUCCUCCCCUCCUUCAACACUCAGCAAUGAGAGGUGCAGGCCCCACCCCUGAACCAGAGGGCCCCCAGCCUUUUGGAGGACUUGGACCAGGAAGGCAGAGUGGGAAAGACGUGGAGGGAAAUAAGGAAACCAGGAGGAGGCAGGACCAAGGUGUUGGAAGGGAGAGAGGCAAUAUCCCGCUAUCUCGAUCCUAGGAUGAAUGGUCGAGAGCCAGCAAGAUGCUGGGAGGUGAGCUCCUAGCCCAGGAAAGUACAGGGAGCACUGUCAGAUGGAAGCAAAGGCUGGCGUCUGGCUGGGAUGGGUCAGUCCAGCUCUUGGGCCAGCUCAGGUCACAGUGAGCCCAGGGCCCACACACUGUCACUAUCCGCAUGGCUUCACUGUG